AUGAAGAUUUCAAGAUUUGAAAAUUUCUAUGUUAUUGGUGUGAUUUCUAUAGUUCUGAUUUUGGGAUCAGUAGUAGAAUGUGGAAUACCAAGUAAUGAAUUGAACGGUUUCAAUUAUCCUGCAAUCAACUGCAGAAAACACAGUGCAGUUUUGACAGAUUUUGGUGGUGUUGGUGAUGGAAAAACCUCUAAUACAAAGGCUUUUAAUUCAGCAAUAACUAACCUAAGCCAAUAUGCAAAUGAUGGUGGUGCACAACUUAUUGUUCCACCAGGUAAAUGGUUAACCGGAAGCUUCAACCUCACAAGCCAUUUCACUCUUUUUCUCCAAAAAGAUGCUGUCAUUCUUGCAUCUCAGGAUGAAUCAGAAUGGCCUCAACUUCCUGUUUUCCCAUCUUAUGGAAGAAGUAAAGAUGCACCUGCUGGAUGGUCUAGCAGUCUCAUAUUUGGAACUAAUCUCACUGAUGUGGUAAUUACUGGUAACAAUGGGACAAUUGAUGGACAAGGAUCAUAUUGGUGGAAAAAGUUCCACAAGCAUCAAUUGAAAAUUACUAGACCUAACAUGAUUGAUCUCAUGUACUCUAAUCAAAUUCAAAUAUCUAAUCUUACUUUGGUUAAUUCCCCGGCUUGGUUUGUCCAUCCAAUUUACAGCAGUGACAUAAUUAUAAAUGGACUCACCAUCCUUGCACCAAUUGACUCUCCAAACACAGAUGGCAUAGACCCCGAUUCAAGUACAAAUGUUAGGAUUGAAGACAACUAUAUUGUCUCUGGUGAUGAUUGCAUUGCCAUAAAAAGUGGAUGGGAUGAGUAUGGAAUCAAAGUUGGAAAGCCAUCUGAACAAAUUAUCAUAAGAAGGUUAACAUGUAUAUCACCUGAUAGUGCUAUGGUUGCAUUAGGGAGUGAAAUGUCAGGUGGAAUCCAAGAUGUUAGAGUUGAAGAUGUAACUGCUAUCAACACUGAAUCGGCUGUUAGAAUCAAAACAGCCGUUGGUAGAGGCGCAUUCGUGAAGGACAUUUUUGUUAAAAGAAUGAACUUGAAGACAAUGAAAUAUGUGUUUUGGAUGACAGGUGAUUAUAAAUCACACCCUGACGAGGGAUAUGACCCAAAAGCAUUGCCUAAAAUUAGUGGAAUUAAUUAUAGAGAUGUUACUGCUAAGAAUGUGACAUAUGCGGCAAAACUAGAAGGGAUUUCAAAUGAUCCUUUUACAGGAAUAUGUAUUUCUAAUGUGACUAUUGAAAUGAGUGCACAGAAGAAGCUUCCAUGGAAUUGCACAGACGUUGCAGGAGUUACAAGUAAUGUGAGCCCUAAACCUUGUGAGUUGCUGCCAGAGAAAGAGAGGCUGGACUGUCCUUUUCCCAGUGACAAACUGCCCAUUGAAAAUGUUCGGUUCAAGACCUGUACCUUUCAAAGUAGUGUCUUCUCAUAA